AUGGAAAGCUACACAAUUGCCGUCAUCGGCUCUGCUGGCGCUGGCAAAUCUACCUUUAUUCAAAAGGUACUAGGCCUUUCGAGGCCGCCCAUCGGUAGCUCCGCAAGCGUUCGCCUCGUUGUCGACAAUGUCACGCACGGGGUUUCGCUUUUCGAACUCGACCUCGAGAAUUUCGACCAGACCGCCUCUUCCCAGACGAUCCAAUGGCCCAAGCAAAUCAACGGCCACAUUGUGCCCCGCCCCGACGCUGCUCUGGUCCUAUAUGAUGUCACCAAUCCUGACUCUGUUCGACCUCUUCCUCAAGCUAUGACUGCCAUCACGAAUGCGGGCUUGCCCUCCAUCUUGGUUGCUUGCAAAUGCGAAACCGACGAGGACGACUGGGAGUUGGAUGCUGACGGAAUUGCUAACCAUAAAAUAUUCAAGUCCUGCAUCGGGACAUACAAAGUGUCUUCUGGCAAAGCAGAUGUAUCAAGAUCGUGUCUGCAAGCUAUACUGAAAGCCGCCAUAACCUACAGAAAGGGUAUGCCUGCUCCUUCAUGCCAAUGCCAAUAUGAUUCUAACAGCACCGCAGAGCACAGCGAAACCAUUACUCGCCGACGCGCGCAAUCGGCCGUCAAUCUCGAAGCUCCAGAUACAUCUGCCGGACGUCCUCUCAGCCAACAAAGUAAGCACAGCCGUGCCAGCUCCGAAAUGUCUGCUUUGAAAGGCUUCGGAACCCAAUCCAGUGAAAGCUACCGAGCCCGCGCCUCCAAGAAUUCUGGACAGGCCUAUCGAAACGAGAAAGCCGGUGCAGACUACUUCUUGGACGUUGAGGAGUCUGACAGCGACGGGCAGACCUAUUCGGACGACACCCCUAUCCUUCAACGUGGUGAAGAUAAUUUUGUCGAGAAGCAGCCCAAGAUGAGCGGAGUUCCUUUGGCUGAGCUUGUCGAUCGCCUGCUUGCGCUGAGAUUGUCUCGGGCCGAUAAUAAUUUUUCAGACAUCUUCCUGUGUUUAUAUCGCAAAUUCACCACCCCGACUGAGCUGUUUUCUGCCAUUUUAUCGCGUCUCGAUCGCGUACGAGAUGACAAGACAGCACACUACCUCUCCAAGACUGCCACCCAAUUGCGAAUUAUCGAGGUUAUCGCCAAGUGGGUUUCGCUCUAUCCGGGUGAUUUUGCCAAGUUUUCUACCCGCAGAAGCUUGUUUGAAUUUAUACAACACCUCUCUGCAGAACCCAUCUUCUCUGUUGCUUCUCAGCAGAUGAGGAGAAGCCUGUGGAAAAGCACUCUCGAAGACGAUGACACGGGCUGGGCUACUUCCGACCACAGCGGCUCAGACUCCGACGACGAAGAAUCAUCGAAAGAGAUGGAUGAGCUGUCCGCCAGUAUCGGUAUGGCUCAAAUCGAUCAAGACGGCGAACGGGGUUCAGAGGCCCCUGUGCCAGCCGACUUUGCCGGCCAACCUGGCGGUCAAGUGCAGUUUCACUCUUACGAUGAAUAUGAGCGAGAGGCAGCGUCGCUUGAACCGGCAGAUCUGCAUCCUAUGAACAAGACGAGAUACCACAUCUUCAUGGAUUUGUCAGAUGACGAGAUUGCUGACGAAUUGACAAGAAUCGACUGGAUCCUAUUUUCGUCCAUUAGAAUCCGAGAUUUUGUUCGUUAUGUCAAUUUGUCAUCGACGAAAAAAGGAAAGGCAGCAAGUUUGAGGAAUGUGAAUCGUAUGAUUAACCACUUUAACCAUAUUGCGAAAUGGGUCGCCAAUCUGAUUCUACUUCGCGACAAAGCCAAGCACAGAGCGCAAAUGCUGGAAAAAUUUAUGAACGUUGCCAUCAAGCUCCGUCAGCUCAACAACUACAAUGGCCUCGCUGCUGUUCUUGCUGGCAUCAACGGAAUUGCCAUUCACCGGCUGGCACAAACUAGGCAGCUUGUCUCGCCUGAAGUACAGAAGCGCUUUGCUCGGGCUGUGAUUCUCAUGAGCACGCAAAAGAGCCAUUCAGCGUACCGCCUCGCAUGGGAGAACUCGCCUCUCCCGCGCAUUCCGUUUGUACCUCUACACCUGCGUGACUUGGUGAACGCGGAAGAGGGCAGUAAGACAUUUGUUGGACCAAAUGGCGAUCGUGUCAACUGGAGAAAAUUCGAAGUUCUCGGAGAUGUCCUGCUGCCACUAAUGAAGAGCCAAGGCACAUCAUACCCGAACCUGGCCAAGCAUAUGCUUACUCGCGAGCUUAUCCUGGGCUGUCGCAUGCCCACUGAUGAUGAAGAAAUAUACCAAAGGAGCAUCGAGGUGGAAAGCGGCAACCCUACUGGAGUUUUUGACCCAGCCAAGAAGAAGUUUCCCUGCCGGCAAACGGGCCUGCAGGCAGACCUGCGCACCUCGCUGCGCUUCAGCAACGGCUCACUGGGGGAUACGGUGGUAUCGUCUGCAGAUGACCUCCUAAGGCUGCGCAAAGAAGAAAACUUGUGGAUCAUACCGGCGCCUGCCUGUCGAAUGCGCUUCUCUGUUAAAACUCUCGGCCGCGUCUCUAGUCAGAACCUUGACAUGAAGGAAGUGGCGAGGUGGAUCGAGAGCUGUGACAUAUGGGAGCGCCUCAGGCUACGAGUGCGGCAUUGUGAUGCACCUUGGGACUCGGCGCCGGAGUUUUCACUACAGCAUCUAGAUCUGUCGGCCUCCUUGGCAUGUCCAUCGUCGGCGGCCAAGAUGGAGCUCCAGGACCUCCGUUGUCAGAUUGAGAUUACGCAGCAUUUGGAUAAGAAACACUCGAAGAAGAGAAGAAGAGGCAAUGCGGAUGAGAUGGUAGAUGAAGCACGCCAUCAAGCGCAGAGUGAGACCUCGUCUGUUGGCGACGUGAAUUUGGCUGCUUCUACCAUGCACAAGUUUGUUGCAGGGCUCACUGCGACGACGGAACAUCACCCUCGAAGAUAUUUCGAACACAUUUUGCAAGCAGCUACAACGGUGCUCAUCACUGGCUCAGCUAGGCAUUUUGCAGAUAUCAACGUCAAACCGGGCAAUACAACGCACGCUCUAGUAAAGCUUGUUCCAGCAGUCUUUCAUGGGCUAUACGUCAAAACUGUUUCAGACCGAGCUCAACAUAUGUCAACCGUGACCUCUGCACUUGCCACCAUGCAACACACUGCUCAAUCGCCAAGACUGAAGCGGAAACUCUUGAGUUUGACUGACCGAGGAGGUAUCGAGAAGCAUCUGUGGUAUUCUACCUUGUCUCGAGUGAAACCAGCCAGCGUGCCUGGGCCGAAGAUGAUUGCCGCUCGACAACAAGACAAUCAAGCAAUUGAAGAUGUGAUGGUGGAUCAGGGAGCUGGAUCGAACUUGAUUUGUUUCGGAGAAGAUCUCUUCUCCUCGGGUCUCCACGGCGUCAUGAAUGACGGUGCUGAGACAUUACACAGAGAGGUUUCGCCUGCCGUGCAUAUUUACUAUGACGCAUUUGAAGUUGGCCUCCCCUUUACAGAAGGUGAACUGGCGGACUCAUUGCCCGUCGACGGAGGAAUGGCAGGCAUCUCGAGCGAAGCGGGCGAUAUGAUUGAGUUUGGGAGCGAUUUUAAAGAUCUAGAAACAGACUUGCUAUUUCAAAACUAA